UUAGCGCGUUCAAACAAACAAACUCUUCAGCUUUAUAUAUUAGUACAGAUAAGAUUUCUCUUCAAUAUGUUCUAAACAUCCGAAUGCAGCAAUUAUUACAUUGUAGACGCUAAAUUAAGAAUCUAUAUUUAGGGUUCCGUGCCUUCAAAGUUUAAAAGGAAACCCUAUAACAUCUCUUCGUUGUCUCCGCGUUCGUUUGUCUUAACGUUAAUUAAACUCUUUUAAAAUGCAGUUUCGAGAAUCAUAAACCUAUUUAUAAUAAGGCUUCGAAGGCUGCUCGCAGUAGGGCGGGCGGUUUAUAUAGGGCGGGAAGGCUUUCGCGGAGGUAGUCCGCGUCGGCGAUCGCUCGCUGCGGUGCCUUUACAGUGCAGGGGGUAACAGGCUCCUCCCACUCUUACGUCAUCAGUGUAUGUACGUCAGUGUGUUAUGUGUGUGCGCUACGGGUAUUGGUGUCGCGGUUGCGCGUGCGCGCUCCUGCUGCUGCUCGCUAUAGCAGCCGCGCAGGAAGACAAGAGGGCUGAGAUGUCUCCAAUGCCUUUCCUGAUGGCCACUCGUUAUGGGAGAAGUUCUGCACCACGCCAUCUAGCGCCAAGAAAUGACAGGUUCUUCAUGAGCUCUCGCUACGGUAAGCGUUCCGGCGUGUCUCUGGGAGGCGAGCGCGCGCUGCUGUGCGAGUUCACCGGCGUGUUCCCGCUGUACCGGUGCAGGCAUAAGCUGUCGCGAUACGAUAAACGGAGCACUGAAGAGGCUGUAAGAGACGAGUAAUCAUACAACAAACGACCAGGCACGACCGACGCGACACCGACAGCUGCGACCGACGCACGACUAACACGACACGCCCGAUACGAACGAUACGAUACAUGCGGUUAAUCCGACAAAAAGAUCUAAAAAUAUUAAUGUAUAACUUUAAUAUUUGUCGUUAUGGUUAGUUAUGAUUUUUGUAAGUUAUUGUGUUGCUACAUUAAAAUAACAAGUGUUGCCAACAUUUUUGAAAAUUAGGUUAUGAGAAUUUUGGUGAAUAAGACUGUUAUUUAUUAAAUUAAAAAAAACCUUUUGUUCAUAUUUAGAUAAUAUUGUUUUAUAAUUGAAGAAAAAAAGUGUUCUUCAUGCUUCUAAUAGUUGAAAAAGUUACCAAAUAAAACAAAAAUAUGUCAGCAUUAUUACGUAAUGAAAAUCGUCACUCACACACGUAAACUUUUGUAUUACGACAGCGCGUGGCUCGUCGGUGUGCGUACAUUGUACACUCCUUAUAUGUAAAAAUAAUAAUAUUGUAAUUAUUAAACUUUAAUUAAUUAAAUAAAUAAGUAAUUAUAAUAUUCGCGUCUUGUAGUGGCUGGGUACACGACGCGGAGCAAAACUAUUGCAACGUACACAAACUUAUAUAUUCUGAUCUGUGUUUUAUUCAAAUGAAAUCUAUUUUUUUCACUACGCCAUCUAGUCUCAAA